CGCGAGUCGCGGGACUGUGGGAUUCCUGCAGGACCAUGAUGUCACAGCGACGGUCCUCGGCGGGCGUCCGAAUGCCCGGUGCAUCACGCGACUUCAUCGGAAAAACCGAAUCUCAAAACUCCCAGUGCCAGGUUCGAGGGCCACAUUUAUUUCAGGAACACUGAAUGCUGCAGCGCAGUCCAGCCCGCAGGUGACGUCGAUAUAUUAGCGUGGACUGCAAAUCCAUCCGGAUGGUCCCAUCCGCUGCCAGGGCAGCCACCGAACACGUGCCGUCCAUCCAUUUGGGCGGCGCCAAAUUCUGAGAUUGUCCAGCACACAUCGCCGUGGCUUCGAUGGCAGCUUUAGGCCCGCCGGAAGCUGACGGCUGCCCUUACCGACCGAUGGAUGGUCCUUCGCAAGGCACGGCCGCGCAAUCGACACACGGUAUAUAAGCAGGGCGCUCGAGUUUCGGAAGAGACAUCCGACGUGCCAUCUCUCUUUCUCUCUCGGGAUCCGUCGUUGUCUGCGGCAGCGCACGCUCCCUCUCUCCUACCCACUACUAUGUGCACACACGCCGCUGCCUCCCAGACCGCCGUGUCCGUCUCCGAAGACGGAUCCCGCUCACAUCACGCCAUCACGGAAGUCGUCCUCCCAAAAUCAUUCAGCUCGGGGCCCCAGUGCUGCUCCUGCGGCUGGAGGGGCGGAGGACAUGCCUGGAAGUGUCCUUUCAAUCCGGAAACCUGCGCUUGAGUUUGUUCGACGGAUCAGCGCCACCAACCCCACAACUCGCUGCGCACGGCGCACUAUCACCUCCCUCUCCUCCUCUUACUCUGUUAUCAUAUCUGUCUUCUUAUCUCCACACUGUAUAACUACCUCGGAGCUCGAGGCGCAUCCGUCCUACGCAAUGUAAUCAACCGCCAAUAGCAUCUAUUUCUGUGCAACGGCCAAUACCAA